GUGGUGGACUGAGCUUGAGUGUAGCAGGUGGUGGACUGAGCUUGAGUGCAGCAUGUGGUGGACUGAGCUUGAGAGUAGCAGGUGGUGGACUGAGCUUGAGUGUAGCAGGUGGUGGACUGAGCUUGAGUGUAGCAGGUGGUGGACUGAGCUUGAGUGUAGCAGGUGGUGGACUGAGCUUGAGUGCAGCAGGUGGUGGACUGAGCUUGAGUGUAGCAGGUGGUGGACUGAGCUUGAGUGUAGCAGGUGGUGGACUGAGCUAGAGAGUAGCAGGUGGUGGACUGAGCUAGAGAGUAGCAG